AUGGAUGAUCUGAGAUCACUCCGCCGACGUAAAGUCGGGCAAAAGUUCAAUGGUUUGUCAUACGUCGAGUACCAGAAAUCCCGCGGAUUCAAUCUCGGAAAAUGGCGACCCCCGGUGGAACUCUUGAAGGGCAUUGACAAGGUUCGAAUACCGUCGGACAUGUUACAGGACAGUGACGCACACCCCAUCGUUUGUCGGUUCCGAGCCCAUCACGAUCACAUUCUCGCGAUAGCCAACGAAGACGGGGUCAUCGAAAUCAUCGAUACCAUUCACAACAAGUUCCAACCCAAGAAAACUAUGACGCCGCAUCCGUCGAUGAUUUCUGAUAUCAGCUGGCUGUCCCCGAAUCACCUGCUGAGCGGGACGUGCCCACCGCACAAUCAGGUCGGCAUCGUUGAUGUGGAUAGAGGGCAGGAAAUCUGGUCAAAAGGGAGAUUACACAAAGGCAGCGUGAAGGUGGUUGCCAAGAAAGCUACGGAAGAAGACGUUUUCGCGUCCGGAGGCCGAGACGGCGACAUAAUAGUUUAUGACAAGAGAGUUGACGAUCAGGUUCUCAGAGUGCACGGGGCGCAUCCGAAGAAAGGCGACAAACGCAACAAAUCGAACGGGAGCUAUGGAGUGACUAGUCUGAAUUUCCGAGGAAACCACCACCUAAUAUCCACAGCCAGCGGUGGUGGAUUCAUCUUGGUUUGGGAUCUCCGUCGGAGCUACAGUCUCAUGCGUGAGCCGAGACCUUUCCUGAAACUCAGCGCAGAUAUCCCGGAGAGCAGCGGUUUCACAUAUGCCACCGUCUGUCCCGAGAGAAGAUCUCUGUACGCGCAGUGUAGCGACAACAUUAUUUAUUCCUUCGACAUAAACACAUAUGCCGACAAACCAGUCAGCAUAUUUUAUGGACACAACGCCGGUAGAGGCGAAGGAGCCUAUUUCAUAAAGAUGGAUGUCAGUCCGAGUGGUAGAUAUCUAGCGAUUGGAUCUCCGCGGAUGGAUGAGCUUUGUGAGGAGCAACCCAUUCCGAUAUUCGAUACGAAGCGGCCAGGACCUCCUUUACUCAUGCUCAAAGGCCAUUACGCCGAGCCCACUUGUCCAUCUUGGUGCACCGAUCUCAAACUCGCGUCUUGUGGAGACGAUCAGCAAUUGAUAUUGUGGGAACCUGUCAGCGCUGAGGAUACCAAUCGGAUCGUAUACGGAUAUUGUGAAGGAUUCAAGGAAAAACCUCUCAGCGACAAGAUAAUGCAAAUGCAUGAACAGUAUAACCGUCCGAAAGAAUGCGAUGCAACGCCGCGAGUCAACAAGACGAUCCGUUGCAGUGUUUCGCUGGCCGAUUGGCUCAAGUCAUCUCCUGGGACGCCCCAGAGUCCAGCUACCAUGCGAUCUCCUCUGACCCCUCUGAGAAUGAGAGCGUCGACUCCGUCGCAGAAGAGAUCCUCCUCUCAGACAUCGUCGGCUGCGAAUCCCCAGACGCCGAAAAGGAAGAAGCUGUCGACGCCGAGGUCGAAAGCGAUUACAGGCUUCUUUCCGAAAGAAAGGGAGACCGACCCAUCUGGUCCGAGGACGCCUACAAGUCAUUGAAACACAAUGGAAUCAUAAUAGAAACGGCGCCGAGUGUUGAGAACCUGUUUAUUCUCGACGGUCACGGUCAUGUACAAAUAAACAAGAAACAAUACUUCUUCA